AUGGCGAAGUGCACAGAACACCCGCUUAACGUGCCCAUCGUCGAGCAGAAGCUCACGAGCGGCAUCCGCGUCCACGGCCUCCUCCUCUCCCUCUCAACUUCCGCAACCAUUGUAGCAUGCUGCCUCACAGCCUGGCAUGUCUUCCAACACGCCAGACACUACACGAAACGAAGCGAACAGAAACAAAUCAUCCGCAUCCUGUUGAUGGUCCCAAUCUACACCAUCGCCUGCAUCCUCAGCAUCGAGUUCUACAAGCAGCACGUCUACCUCGCCAGCAUCUACGAAUUCUACGAGUCUCUUGUCAUCGCGGCCUUCUUCCUGCUGCUGUGCCAGCUCCUACACCCGGAUCCCACCACGCUCCGAAGGGCGUUCUCCCUGGUCGAGCCGAAGCCGUGGAUCCAUCCGAUAUGUUUCCUGGUGACCAUCUGGUUCUGCGUCUUCCAAUUCUGUAUAGUCAAGUUCCUCGGCGCUCUUGUCAAGUGCAUGACUGAGGCCGCGGACGUGUACUGUGAGGAGUCGAGCAGUGCCAGUCAUGCUAAAAUUUGGGUUAUGGUCAUUGAAAUUUUGUCACUGGUGACUGCCAUGAUGUGUGUCCUGCAAUUCUACCAGCAGACCAAAAAGGAGCUUGAGACCCACCAACCUCUGUUGAAAUUCCUCGCCAUCAACUUCCUAAUGCAAGAAGACGGCCCAAUCAAACCCACCCCGACAAUAUCCUAUCCCUCAUGGGCCGUCGGGAUCCCCAACACAAUCCUCUGUUUCGUAAUGGCAGCCGUCUCCAUCCUGCACAUCUUCGCAUACCCCUACGAACCAUACCGUGCUCGAAUCGACACGAAAGACGACUCCCGCAGCAACGACAGCGCGGUACGCGAAAACGACCAGCACCCCCUCCACCAAGUCCUGGUGACGCGCAGCCACGACGGCUGGUCCCGCCAGCACGAUGAGUCCGUAUGGGACGGGACGCAGAGUUCACCAGACACACGCGCCCCCGCUGCCGGAUUCAAGAGGAAGGCGCUGGUGGACGCGCUCAACUUUGUCGAAGUGGUGUUUGCCGUGGUGACUGCGUCGCGGUGGCUGGUGGCGGAGCGACGGAAGGAUGCGGCGCGGGCUGCGGCGGCGUUGGAGGACGGGCGUGACUACCCGUACGGCGCUGGGGAUGUCAGGAGACAGAAGACGGGAGAUCUCUCGCAGGCGUUGGAUAGAGCUCAGGCGCAAACGUCCUCUACGCGGUUGGGAUGA